AUGGCUCAUUCGGUAAGGAAACGUAGCGUUUUGAAUAUAUGUUUACGAUAAUUGCAGAUCAAAGACUGCAUUUAGUUUUUGAAUAUAUGUUUACAAUAGUUUUAGAUUAAUAUGUUUAUGAUAUUUCUAGAUUAAUAUGUUGGAUCUUAUCAAAGCUUGUGAAGCUGAAAGUGAACUCGACUUUCUCCAAGAGUCGUUUAUGCUCACUGAUGAGCAGAAGGAAGCUGUUCUUCAACAACGUAUAAUAUUUUGGACGAACGCGAUGGCCGAAGAUAUUGAACGGGAGAAUCCGGUUGGAGUUGACCCUGAUAUGAUGGCAAACUGGACCGAGGAUCAACGUCGCCUGUUCAACGAAGACUGGGCCAAUGAUGAUGGUUUAUGCGAACUCGAACAGAUGCCUGAACCGCCAGAAAACCAAAUAGGUGAAGGGAGCAAGCGAAGGCACGCCAGUGAUCACGCCAGUGAUCACGCCAGUGAUCACGCCAGUGAUCACGCCCCCUCAAAACGCCAAAGACCAGAGGAGUAUUUCACUAUUAAAUCAGCCAAGCAAGUCAACGUGAGGAAAUUCAGGACGACAG